UAACGGUUACUCCAUUUUUCUUCUAUUAAAAUCAACGGCCUAAACACCUCCGCAUCAAGCAACCUCAAGCUCAACUCACAUGCGUCACUCCAUGAGCUCAUAAGCACCCACACAUAAAACAAACCCACCAUGUCAGCCACAAAAAGAAUAGUCGUCUUCGGCGGCAACGGCUUCCUCGGCUCACGAAUCUGCCGCGCCGCCGUCGCCCGCAACUGGGACGUCACAUCCGUCAGCCGUUCCGGCCGCCCCAACUGGCUCUCCAUCACCUCCUCCCCAACCCCACCAGGAUGGUCGCACUCCGUAACCUGGGAACGCGGCGACAUCUUCCGCCCCGCACAAUGGACCUCGCUGCUCUACGGCGCCGACUAUGUCGUGCACAGCCUGGGCAUCCUGCUCGAGGCCGACUACAAGGGCGUGAUCUCGGGGCGGGAGUCGCCCAUCUCGGGCCUGGCGCGCGCGUUCGGGCCCGCGCCGGCUGGUGCUGCGAACCCGCUGGAGCGCGUGCGCAGGCUGGAGGAGGAGAGCGAGAAGAGCGAGACGAAGAAGGAGGAGGGGGGUGGAGGUGGAGGUGCCCCGCAGUUGACGUACGAGAUGAUGAAUCGGGAUAGUACGAUCCUGUUGGCGAAGGAGGCGGCGCAGGCGGGGGUGGGCGCGUUUGGGUUCGUGUCGGCGGCCGCGGGCGCGCCGGUGCUGCCGUCGCGGUAUCUGAGUACCAAGAGGGAGGCGGAGGAGGUUGUGGCGAGGGAGUUCCCCGGGAUGAGGGGGGUGUUCUUUAGGCCGCCGUUUAUGUACGACAAGUCGAGGGGGGUUACGAUGGGCGUGGCGGCUAUGGCGACGGCGGGGUCGGUGUUUGAUGGAUUGACUGGGGGGCGAGUGGGCGGGUUCCUUGGGAGUAUGGUGAUGAAGCCGCUAAAGGUGGAUGUUGUGGCCGAUGCCGUGGUGGAGGCGCUGGCGGAUGAGAGUGUCAAGGGGCCGGUGGAGGUGCCGCAGCUGGAACAGUUGGCGGAGCAGGCGUGGAGGAAGACGAUGCUUUAAGGAAGGGCGGAGGAUGUGCUCAUCGAUGUAUUAUCACUGUGCCAAGUUGUGUGUGGAAGUAGACUGUACAA